AUGGCCGCGAUGGGCUACCCAGAGCAAGGACCUGAGCUUCGAGCCGAGCUCGCCAAGGAAGAUUCACAGCCGCUGCCUGUGUUCCGCCUGCGGGAUGUGCCGAUGCAGCCGCAGAGCGGGAGCUUUCAGGCUCUGAGAUGGCGGCACUACACCAGCACGGUUCAGCUCUACUGGACCCUUGGGGAUGGCUGGGUGGGAGAAGGUUGGGAAGGUCUUCAGGAUGCCGACUUCGAGGUGCGAGUCGCUGCCUCCGAGCUGGUGGUGCGAUGCUUGGCCGGACCGCGCAAGAGCGAAGUCCUGGGGUCUUUGAGCGGGAGGCUGGCGAACGAGGUGGAGCCAGGGAGGUGUUGGUUUGCUGUGGAGAGGGAUGUUCGCGACCCGCGGAGGCAGCGAAGACAUUUGGUCAUUGAGCUCGCCAAGAAGAGCCCUGGCAGACCUUGGACAGAGAGGCAGAUCUUCAAAGAUCGCUCCGAGAUGUUCAACCGCAGGUCCUUUGCUUGGACGCCGCAGCAGAAAGAGCAGGAAAGUGAGAGCUCCUGGACAACGCUGAAGCCCGGGAGAAGACCCGAUGUACAGGAUCCUUUUGUCACUUCGAGAAGUUGGCUUUGCCACGAACUACAGCAGGGCCAAAGCGCUCAACAUCUGUAUUUCCGUAUCAUCCUCGAUCAGAAAAAACUGGACGAAGCCUUGGAGAAAGUUCCGUACUUCAGGCUUUUUGGAGUUGACGUGUCGGAGCGCUUCUUCAAGCUGUUCAUCCGCGGGGAUGAGUCAAGCCCCAUCAUGCUGGGAGAGCUUGGAGGAGCUGUUGUUCCUGAUGAGACGGAAGUGGAGCUGACAACCGUCACCCGAGAGGUCUCUGGGCACCGAAUCCGUGGUACCAUGGAAACCCUGCCCUGCUUGGAUGUAACGCUGAGAAAAGAUCCAGAGUCCCACGGAGAGUGGGAGGCCUUCAUCCAUUCCGACGAGCAGGUGUUGAACAAACCACAGGGCACCCUGGAGGAAUUCGAGGUCCGCCAGCGCAGGAGAGACCCAUCUCCAGACCGGUCAGAUUGGACGCCUGACGACUUUGCCGACGAGCAGAAGGACAAGGCCGAUGCUGCUUUCAAAGAAGGCAUCUAUCGUGACGCCAUCGUCUACUACACCAGAGCGCUGCGACACACACCCCGGAACGAGAGGUUGCUGUCAAAUCGCAGCGCUGCAUACUGCAAGAUCUCCAAGUACCAGCUUGCUCUGGACGAUGUAAACCUUGCCAUGGAGAUUGAGCCUUCCUGGCCUAAGCUGCACUAUCGGAAGGGCCAGGCGCUGCGUGGCCUUCGCCGCUGGGACGAGGCCGUGGCAGCCUUCGAAGAAGGGCGGGACUUGGAUCCUCAGAGCCCCGACUGGGACAAAGAGGUGAACCGAACGAGAGCCGCCAAAGAGCUGAAAGAAGCCUCCUCGUUGCAAAAGGCUAAAAACUGA